UCCGUCUAUUGCGUAGCAUAAAGGUCGUCUACGCCAGUGUUUGAAAAUGGCAAAGGAUGGAAAGUUUGCUAAAUCACAAAUCGACGCUUCUGAAGCGUUAUAUGAUUUUCCAUGUAAUCCUUGUGCCAAGGAUGGCAAGAAUAUGGAGGCAAAAUUUCAGUGUUUGGACUGCCAGAUGUUUUAUUGUAACAGAUGUGUGACAGGGCACAACAAAUUCACUGCAAACCAUAACGUUGUGGAAAGGACAUCAAAACUAUUCGGUCAAAAGAGGUCAUUAUCAUCAGAUGAACUGCCAAGGGAUUUAUGCGAGGAGCAUCGGGGAGAAGUAAUAAAGAUGUUUUGUGGACAACAUGACCGUGUUUGUUGUACUGUCUGCAUUGCUUUGAAACAUAGAUCCUGUGAAGGCCUAGAAUAUAUCCCGAACAUUGCCAAAGGGCUUUUGAAGAAAGAGGAUAAGGACCAAACAAAAACAUCUUUGGAGAAAGUUAAAGAUGACUUGCAGAAUCUGAAGUCCAAAAUGCAAAAUGAAUUCAAGAAGUUGAAUGUGCAACGAGAUAGUGUACUGGAUGUCAUACAGAAGUUUAAGAAACGCCUUAUAGCUAACAUUGAAGAAUUGGAGAGAAAAUCAAUAAAAGAAGUACAAGAGAAGCAUAAAGAGAUUACAGAUGAACUAACUUUCAGAAGCAAGAUAAUCGAUGACAUGCUAAAUGAUGUUGAACAGCAACUUGACAAGCUUAAACAUGUGAAAAGGAACAAUGAAGCCCAGCUCUUUGUAGACAUUAAGGUUUGCGAAGAGAAAAUUUCUUCGGGAAGUUAUUGCGUCAGACAGUCUGCUGUCAAAAAGAUGGAAACUUUGGUAUUUGAGGUGAACAGAAGCAUAGAGAAAUGUCUAUGUGAGGUACAGUCUCUUGGUAAACUAACACUUUGGUCUACGGAGAAAUAUGUCGUAUAUGACUCUGGUAAUGUGUUUGAACCAGUGAUCUUGGACAUUACUGAUGAUGAUUUGAUUCAGAAAUUCAUGAGUGGAGUAACGAACGUCGCUGCUGUAUCUCUUAAUAUUGGUUACCCGACAGCAGCUUCAGCACCUCAUUCUGUUGCUAAUGGAUUCAAAAGACUUUUGGCUGUUGCUUGUGAUACUGACAUCACUUUCCAUGAAGCAGAGAGGACUAAGGAAUAUUUAGCUGAUCCCUCCAAGUUUGCAACAGCUACUUUAGUAUCUGCCGCCCUGGAAGUAGGUGGUGCCACGGAGACAAAGAAGGUAGAUGUGAAGGAAGAAUCUGAGGAAUCUGACGACGACAUGGGCUACGGACUGUUUGAUUAAAGAUGUAGACUCAUAACAUAUAGAUUUAAAUCUUGUACCCAUAGAAACAUCUAGAACAUGUUCAUCAAAUUUUUUAAAAGCUUACAGGAAAAGAAACAAAUUGACAAAGCUCUAAACAUCUUCACAUAUAGGCAAGAUACAGUUUUGUCUGGAAUAGA